AUGUGCGCUCUGCACCCUGGCCGCUUCGGACUGAUAGCCAAGGCCGGGGCCCAGCUGCCCCUCCCCGCUGGGCGCCCCGAGGGGCUUCAGGCUCUACCCGAGCGAGUGCCACUCCUGGGCUUUAAAAGCCGGAGGCUGGGCCGGGCGGCAGGCAGAGGCGUCCGCGGGAAGGAAGGAAGGAAAGAAGGAAGGAAGAGAAGAGAAGAGAAAAGAAGAGAAGGAGAAGAAGAGGGCUAUGGAGUAGCAGAGGAGGAAACACAGGACAGGAAGGCAGGCAGGAGGAGAGAGGACAGCACUCGUGCGGCAGCAUCCAAAGGCCAGAGUGGGGACCCGUGCUGCUUCCGCCGCUCCUCGGAUGGUGACGGAGCCCCGCCGCGGCCGCAGCCCCCCCCGCGUCCCGGCUCCGCAGGCCUACAGCGCCGGAGCCCUGCAGGAAUCAUGCCCAGAUCCUUCCUGGUCAAGAAGGUCAAACUUGACACGUUCUCCUCGGCAGACCUCGAGAGCUCCUACGGGCGCGCCCGAAGCGACCUCGGCGUGCGACUGCAGGAGAAAGGAUACCUCAACGACUACGCGGGGCCCGCCUCCGUCUACGAUGGCGACGCCGAGGCGGACUUGCUCAAAGGGCCAUCCCCGGAGCCUAUCCAGGGCGGCAGCGGGCCCGCGGCGGCGGAAGAGGUGCGGGACGUGGGCGCCGGGGGGGACGCGCCAGCCCCGGACAAGGACAAGGACGGAGACGUCGACGUGGGCAGUGGCCCCUGGGAUCUGAGGUGCCACCGCCUGCAGGAUUCUUUGUUCAGCUCCGACAGUGGCUUCAGCAACUACCGUGGCAUCCUGAAUUGGUGCGUGGUGAUGCUGAUCUUGAGCAAUGCUCGGUUAUUUUUAGAGAACCUCAUCAAGUACGGCAUCCUGGUGGACCCCCUCCAGGUGGUGUCUCUGUUCCUGAAGGACCCCUACAGCUGGCCUGCUCUGUGCCUGGUUAUUGUGGCCAACAUCUUUGCUGUGGCUGCGUUCCAGGUGGAGAAGCGCCUGGCUGUGGGUGCCCUGACGGAGCAGGCAGGGCUGCUGCUGCAUGUGGUCAACUUGGCCACCAUUCUCUGCUUCCCGGCGGCUGUGGCCUUCCUGCUUGAGUCCAUCACUCCAGUGGGCUCCGUGCUGGCUCUGAUAGUGUACACCAUCCUCUUCCUCAAGCUGUUCUCCUACCGGGACGUCAACCUGUGGUGCCGAGAGCGCAGGGCUAGGGCCAAGGCCAAGGCCGUAAAAAAGGCCAACGGGGGAGCUGCCCAGGGCACUGUGAGCUACCCAGACAAUCUGACCUACCGCGAUCUGUACUACUUCCUCUUUGCUCCUACUUUGUGUUACGAACUCAACUUUCCCCGCUCCCCUCGCAUCCGAAAGCGCUUCCUGCUGCGGCGGCUCCUUGAGAUGCUGUUCCUUACCCAGCUCCAAGUGGGGUUGAUCCAGCAGUGGAUGGUCCCCACCAUCCAGAACUCCAUGAAACCCUUUAAGGAUAUGGACUACUCACGCAUCGUUGAGCGCCUCCUGAAGCUGGCGGUCCCCAACCACCUCAUCUGGCUCAUCUUCUUCUACUGGCUCUUCCACUCCUGCCUGAAUGCUGUGGCCGAGCUCAUGCGGUUUGGAGACCGGGAGUUCUACCGGGACUGGUGGAACUCUGAGUCCGUCACCUACUUCUGGGAGAACUGGAACAUCCCUGUUCACAAGUGGUGCCUCAGACAUUUCUACAAGCCCAUGCUCCGGCGGGGCAGUAGCAAGUGGCUGGCCAGGACGUGCGUGUUCCUGGCCUCAGCCUUCUUCCACGAGUACCUGGUGAGCAUCCCUCUGCGCAUGUUCCGCCUCUGGGCCUUCACGGGCAUGAUGGCUCAGAUCCCGCUAGCCUGGAUAGUGAGCCGCUUCUUCUGGGGCAACUACGGUAAUGCAGCUGUGUGGCUGACGCUCAUCAUCGGGCAGCCAGUGGCCGUGCUCAUGUACGUCCAUGACUACUACGUGCUCAACCACGAGGCCCCAGUAGCCGGGGCCUGAGCCUGAGCCGCGCCCCCAAGGGCAGGUGUGCUGGGACAGGGGCCUGGCUGGGCACUGCUGCCCCCUGGGCACAGGCCAGUGCGGGUGGUGGGGGGAAUGCCCGUGCUCUGGAAACUGCUGAUCCUGCCCAAGGGUCCGAAGUUGUCAAUAAAGUGCUAUCCAGAGGGA